CCGCACCAUGCAAAUUUCAUUUUCGCACUCAACCUAUUUAAGUUGGAUAAAGCACCUCUUCUUCCUUCAGGAAUCAAUCAUCUGGUCGGAACCGAAUACUUUACUGAUCGACCACGUGGAGCGGGAUAACUGAAUUAAGAACAAGAAUUGGGAUUGGUAGCCAGUCAAACAAAUUGUAGACAAAAGUAUUUGACCAGUCGAUACAUAAAAUAACUAUCAAGGUGAAUGGGAUAACACCGGCUUGGUUGACACUCCCGGCGAUCUAUCUCCACAGACAACCACAUACUCGUUGCACACUUCAAGUCAGCGGCAGCCGAUUCCCCCCUCAGACCGACGAAUGACUCACGCAGCCCACUCGCAAAGCCUCAAGAUAAUCAUCAACCACCCGAAUAAGGACUCAGGAAGACUCGUGAGGAAGGACCAGGAUCGGAAAAAAAACUAAUAUUACCUCAGGAUGCUUCGGACCUCUAACCCCGCAAUCAUUCGUCAUCUGCCUCGAAUAGGAUGUCAGUGUGGCAUUCCAAACCUCAGCUCGCCUAACCGUUUUUCCAGUCAUUCAAACGCAAGUUCCUACAAAACCUCGGCCUCUUCAAGUGGUUCAAUUCGGAAAUUCGAAGGAAACGGAAACUGUCGUGUGUUCAAUUCUAUUACCAAUAUAAUCCAUCAACGGACGCCGUUUCUGUCAAUAGGCACUCGAAGGAAAUUCUCGGACAAGAAUGAUAGAGGCUCCACCUCGAUCAAUCCCGCCUCCCCGAAAGCCACCAACCCCAAUUCAUCCACACCAACCCACAAAGAAGAUUGGAAAAUUAUUAGGCAUCUUUUGCCAAACAUCUGGCCAAAAGAUGACCGUACUACCAAGAUCAGAGUGGUGACUGCACUAGUCCUUCUAGCUGGUGGGAAGAUUCUAAACGUUCAAGUACCAUUCAUGUUUAAAUAUAUUAUCGACACUCUCUCUAUUCCACUCGACCCCAAUACGGUUCAAGGUGCCUGGACAGUGGUAGGUACCGUGAUAGCUGGAUAUGGACUGGCAAGAAUAUCCGCAUCGGUAUUCUCGGAAUUGAGGAGUGCGAUCUUCACCAAUGUAGCUCAGUCGGCGAUCAGAAGAGUUGCUCGGAGCGUAUUCAUUCAUCUACUUAACGUGGAUGUCGGCUUUCACUUACGGAACCAAACGGGUGGUCUAACCAGAGCCAUCGACCGAGGCACCAAAGGUGUUUCCUUUAUGCUUUCUUCAAUCGUCUUCCAUGUCGUACCAACAGCUUUAGAAAUCAGCAUUGUCUGCGGUGUCCUUACCUACAACUUUGGAGCCAACUACGCCGGAAUUGCUUUGGCUACGAUGCUGGCUUAUACUUGGUUUACUAUCCGCACGACCGCUUGGCGGCUCCAAUUCCGAAAACGAGCGAACGAAGCUGACAACCGUGCAGCUAGCGUACUGAUCGACUCAUUAUCCAACUAUGAAACUGUCAAGCACUUCAACAACGAGGCCUACGAGAUCGAACAGUAUGAUCGAGCACUGGAAGGAUACGAGAAAGCGACGAUAGGAAUUUACAAGAGUUUAGCGUACCUGAACAUUGGCCAGAGUGUAAUCUUUUCACUCUCAUUAACGGCGAUGAUGUAUAUGGCCGCACAGGGAGUCUUGAAUGGUCUCAUGACCGUUGGAGAUCUGGUGAUGAUUAAUCAAUUGGUAUUUCAGCUUAGCUUGCCGCUAAACUUCUUAGGGUCGGUUUAUCGAGACCUUAGACAGAGUCUAAUCGACAUGCAAACCCUUUUCAAUCUACAGCAAACUGGCCUCAUCAUCAAAGACAAACCAGAUGCUAAACCUCUUCAAAUCACCCAAGGUGGAGAGAUCAGAUUUGAAAAUGUCUCAUUCCAGUAUUCGUCUUCCGGGGCAAUUUUCAAAGACCUUUCGUUUGUGAUUCCAGCGGGAAAGAAGGUAGCCUUAGUAGGGCCAUCAGGAUGUGGAAAGUCGACGUUAUUCAAGCUAUGUUUCAGGUUUUACGAUAUUGAUCAAGGACGGAUCUUGAUUGACUCGCAAGAUAUUCGAGAUGUCAGCUUGGCCAGUCUUCGGUCACACAUCGGGAUCGUCCCGCAAGACUCGAGCCUUUUCAACUCAGAUGUGAUGCAUAACAUCCGUUAUGGUAGACUUGGCGCGCGUGAUGAGGAGGUGCAAAAAGUUGCCAGAAUGGCCAAGCUCGACCGAUCCAUCGGGAAGUGGCCCUCCGGUUGGGACACUCUUGUUGGCGAACGGGGCCUCAUGAUCAGUGGUGGUGAACGCCAGAGAUUGGCUAUCGCACGCUCGAUGCUCAAAGAUCCCUCAAUCCUCUUCUUUGAUGAAGCCACUUCCGCUCUAGAUGUGUACACUGAACGAGAAUUGAUCCGGAACAUCGGAGAAAACUUGCUCAACAAACAUCGCACCAGUGUCUUCAUCGCUCAUAGAUUAAAGACAAUUGCAGAUGCAGAUUUGAUCAUUGUGCUCAAUGAUGGCAAAGUAGUCGAACAAGGAAAUCACAGAGAGCUAAUGAACAUUGAGAAUGGAACUUACAGAGGCAUGUGGCUCAGUCAAUCUGCCACCCCUCCCGAGAACUCAAAAGUCAAUGUCGAUAACAAGAUCGAAUCUUAGUGCUCAACACUUGGAAAAUCAUCUCACAGUUUAUUAGAAAGAAAGGAAACAAAUGCGCAUGUUUCUCGCACUUGGUUUCAAAAAUCUGU